AUGUCUGCAAGGAAGAUACUUCUGAGUGAAUUUAGGGUUCCGGCGGAGCCAAGCAAAGGCGGCGCCAACCGGAGACGACAAACUGCGGGCGCGGAGAAGCUAAUUGAUGCUAGCCUGGCCUUGGUGAUCCUCCUCUUUUUACUAUCCUCUUCACCACCCAACCUCACCAUGUCAUCCCUCCGAUCGCCGACACUCCACUCCCUCCUGAGGUGCCCGGGCAGCUCGCGGGUUCUCCGCGUGCAGCAGCAGAGACGAUGGGCCCAAGUGCACGACGUGCGUUUCCUCGCCACGCAUCGCGAUCCCGCGCACAUCCUAGAGAAGUACAAGGACAAGCUGCGCAAGAAGGCAGAGGCGGAAGGCCAUGAUUCAAUCGAGUCGUUGAAGGAAGCGUACAAGGACAAAAUCGAGGAGUACCGUCGCAAGGCCUCGGCCGUUGCGCCUGAUGAGCUGAAGUCUUCUGCGAGCAAUAAUACAAACGCAGAAUCGAAAACUCCCUUCUCUCCUCCUCCGCCGCCGUCUCCCUCAUCUACAUCUACAUCUGCGUCGUCUUCGUCGUCAUCUGCAUCCUCACCCUCCGUAGCCGCAGCCGCAAAAGCCGUCUCGGGACAAACACCGGGCAUUAAGCCCCUCAGCUCCUUUCUAGACAUUGAAAAGAUCCUCACCCUCCCGCCCAAGGAGAUCGAGGCGCUCUGGCGUCUGCGCCACGCGGGCAACCCGCUCUCCAUCUGCGCGACCAUCCCGCUCGACACGUACCAGCGCAUGGCGGAGGCGGCGCGGGCGAACCCGCAGUUUAUUCUUCCGCUGCCUCGACAGGCAAAAACCCCUGCAGCAGAGGAUGGAAAUAAAGAAGGAAAGGAGCAACAGGCUGCUACCCCGGAGGGAGGCGCGGACAUCCACUUCCUACAAUGGAGCUUCCACCCGCCGGCAUCACCGCUGCCAACAACAACCCCAGGAACACAAACAGCAAACACCCACACCUCAACAAUCCUCUUCACGCAUCUAGCAUCCUACAAACUUCACGGCUCAUACGCACAGCCCCACACAACAGUGACGCACUACCUCGACCUAGCAGACGAAAAAGGGCUGGUGCUGAUGCACGGCCAGGUGAUGCCCGACCGGGGCGUGUCAGUGACAGAGGCAAGCUGGCUGGUGAGUUGCGUGCAGCGGUUCUACGACUUUGGCGGGCAGGGAAGUGGCCGCAAGGGAGAGUUGCUGCGUAUGUUUACCCGGGGUGAUGUCGAGGGGUUUAGGGUGGAGGAGUUGAUGGAGGAGACGGAGAAGAUAUAA